ACUCACCCUUUCUUCUUCUUCUUCUUCAUUGCUUCUUCCUGCACCGUCCCCAUUCCCACCCAUCCUGCUGCUCCAUCGCCGUCUCCACUCCUCUUCAGGAAUUCUUUGAUUUGUCUUCGACCGGCUUUAAAAGAUUAUGUAUGCAAGAAGGAAAAGAUCAUGGAUGUAUCAAAGGGUAUUGCCAGGGGGUGAAUCGAUUAGAGAAGCUUUUGAGGAUGGCAUGCACAAAAUUGUUGAAUGGGCAUCUCUACAAAUACAAUUCAUGAAUCAAGGAUUACCAAACUUGGGUGUUCCAUGGAAAGCUACUUGAUCCCUCAAUCAACAUUGGUACACCAAAUCAGGUGCAUGCAGCUGGGGGAUUGGAUAGUACUCUGCCGAUGUAUUCAAAUGAAGAAGAGAUAAAUAAUGCUAUAGAUGAUGGAUUGCUCACAACCAAAAGAUUGUACGCAGCAGACCCUAUCAAUGAAGAAGAAAUGGCAAGUAGAUCUAGUGAUGCAAUGCGCUUGGUAGAUCAACCCCUUUAUGAUGGUUCUAAUGAAGAAACACAACUAUCUGUGGUGACCGAGCUUAUUCGUAUAAAAUCCAAAAAUAAUAUGUCUAAGGCGGCAUUUGAUGAUACGUGUAGUCUGAUGAGGCGUGCCUUGCCAGAAGGCAACCAAGUGCCAUCUGGUUUUUAUGCUUAAAAAAAAUUGCUAUCUAAUAUGAGAAUGCCAUCUCAAAAAAUAGAUUGUUGUCCAGCAGGAUGUAUGCUAUAUUGGAAGUCAGAUGAGGCGACCCAAAUAUGCAAGUUUUGCGGAUUGUCGAGAUGGAAAGAAGGUAGUUGGUAUAGCAAGGUUGCAUCAGCUCAAAUGGUGUACCUUCCAUUGAAAGAUAGAUUGAAAAAUUUGUUUGAGUUCAAACAUACUGCUCAAGCAAUGAUAUGACAUGCUACGCAUCACAUUGAGGAUGGAAGGAUGAGCCACCCAUCAGAUUCAGCUGCCUGGAAACAUUUCAACACAUGUCACCGAAACUUUGCGCAAGAUCCACACAAUGUGAGGCUUGGUCUAUGCACCGAUGGAUUUGCCCCAUUUGGAACAUAUGGUCGUAAUUACUCAUCCUGGCCAAUAAUUUUGACACCCUACAAUCUCCCUCCAGGAAUGUGUAUGCAGAAGCAGUAUAUGUUUUUGACAAUUGUAAUCUCUGGUCCAAAUAAUUCAAAAAGAAAGUUAGAUGUGUACUUGCAACCUUUGGUAGACGAAUUAUUAGAUCUGUGGCACAAUGGAUAUGUGAUAUAUGAUGCACAUACAAGUCAUCAAUUUCAUAUGCAUGCGGCUUUAAUAUGGACCAUAGGAGAUCUUCCAUCAUAUGUGAUGGUAUCGGGAUGGAGUACUGCAGGCAUCCUAGGAUGCCCAAUUUGUAUGGAUGAUAAUCCGGUGUUUAGACUACAAUAUGGGAAAAAAGUGGGCUACUUGGGCUGUCAUCGACAAUUUUUACCACGAUGUCAUGCCUUUCGUCGAGAUGUUUGGAGUUUUAUUAAGGGAAAAGUCGAGAAGGGUACUGCACGGGGGCGUUUAAGUGGGGAUUUGAUAUUGCAAUGGGUUUCAAGGAUACCAAAGGUAAUUGAUAACCCAUUAUCAAAUUCACAUAAUGGGUACGGAGAAUCACAUAAAUGGACGAAAAAGAGUAUACUUUGGGAUCUAUCUUAUUGGAAAGAUUUGUUGUUGCAGCACAAUCUUGACUUUCCGGGACAAGCAGGUGGACGUGAAGCGACACGGUAUUUAUCGGAUUCAGAAUAUCGAUCUACUUCCUUAUAUAUCUUGACCAAAACUCCAGAGGCAGAGCCUUAUUUUCGGUUCUAUUGUGAUUGGGCUAAGGAGCACAUAGGGACAUCAUCUACUUCUAUUGAUCAUAUUAUUUUCGAAGGUUAUGUGGAUUGGUUUCGAGACUCAACAAUGAAUAUGAACUUAGAUGGUGUGCUUCCACUCUUGCGUGCUAUAGCAUCAGGCAUGAGUUACAAAGUGAGAACAUUUAAAGAAUAUGUGAUCAAUGGAUGGAAAUUUAGUACCUUUGAUCGAAGUGAUGGGCGGGCGAGUCAGAGAUAUGGAGUUGCAGUGCAAUCUAAUAGCAAUUAUGGUACUUCAAUAGAAUACUUUGGAGUAAUUGAAGAGAUUUUGCAAGUUUCGUAUGAUCUACAUUAUCACAUGAAGGUGGUUUUGUUCCGCUGUCGAUAGGCUGACCCUAACUGAGGCAUGUGACGCCAUCAUACAUAUAAUUUGGUCGAUGUGAACUUUCGAUAUCUUCUUAGGACAAAAGAGCCCUACAUAUUGGCACAACAAGCAAAACAAGUUUUUUAUGUUGAGUAUGCUAAAAAAACUAGAUCCAACUCCAGAUGGAUAACUGUUAUGAAAACCAGACCACGUAAUGUGGUAGAGGUGACAUGGGAUGAUUUGACGCAUCAGUCUGAUCGAGUGCAAAGAUCCACGGCAUGGAUAGACUCUAAUGCAUCUCACAAUUUAUCUGAUAGUGUUCAAUCUAAUGUAAAUGUAGAUUUACAUGCAAGUCAAUUGGAAUCUUUUGAAGGUGAAACUAAUGACCGUCAUAUUCUUGACUGGG